AGUGGUACUAGCUUUAAGAGAUGCGAGAUGAUAGGGCUGUUCGUAUCUCUACCCUACUUAGUAACAAAAUCACCUCCAUAUCUCCUAACGCCAUCUUAUAUAACGACUCGUCUCAUUCCGGUUAUGUGCUCGUUUAAAGCAACUUGAUAAACUGACUCAUCUACGAUCUACAAUCUUCACAUUUUAUACAAAGGUAGCACCCGCUUCACUUGUAAGGCUACAUUUUUUUUGCUGGCGCCACGGAAAAAAUGAACACCAACACUUCAACUGCCUCUGGACGGACGAAGGCUCCCAAAAAGAGAAAUAGCGACGUACGUAAAGAACAAAACCGAAUCGCGUCUCGUGCCUAUCGAGAGAAGCGCAAACAAAAGUUGGCACUCCUCGACGAAAUCUUAAAGUCUGAUUCACAAACGGAUUCUAUGAGUUCGGUGUCUGAUGAAACAGAAGGAUAUACUACGUCGUGGUCAUUGCAGAGCAGACAGGCCUCGAACAGCCCUAUCCCGGCUGCACUCUCUACCGUGCCCGUUGCCUCAUCGUGGCCGGUAGUAAGUCCGCCAAUGUCUUCGGCGGUUCCUAGUUAUGGCCACGAUACUUAUGACGGCUGGAUGAACUCUUUUGACCAUCCUAGCCAUAACUUUCCUACUAGCAACGACUAUGUGCAGUCAUACUUAGCUACAGAGGUUGGAGAUCAUUCUCUAGAUGCCUCUGCUUCAUACAAUAUGCAAUCGAUGCCCUCGGUGACCUCGACACCAUCAACACCACCCGUACCUUCUAUUCCACUGGACCCGAUGUUGGUUGGCCAGUUCACGCAGCAUCGUCAUCCACAGACAGCGCAAAAUCAGAGCAUGCAAAAUUCAUCUAAUCCAAUUGGUGGCGAUGAUGAAAUUUCAAGACAAUUAUGGGUCGGAUCACUCGAAGAUAAUGCGCUGAUGGCACUCGAGAGGUUUGGAGAAUAUAGCCACGUUCAACAACAGCAAGUCUUAGCCUGGGUACAAAAGAGAAGAAAUUUAUCACACAACACCUCUGGACACCAAGGCAUAGAGUACAGAUAUCCGACUUGUCAAGCAACACCCCCGCCUUCAGUUCCAGCCCAGUUUGUCAAUAGUGAUUUCCGCAAAUACCAGAGCAUGCGACAGGCCUCUGGAUCACCUAUCCCUCACGGGCACCACUAGAUGUGUUGCGAAUCAAGUAGGGUUACUUACUUGAUUACAUCGACUAACGAAAACCAUGUGACUGGAUACUACAAUUAAGUAUCUAAGCACACCAAAUACACUCCCUGCUCGCUAUCGACAGUAUUUGAGAGAAUACCAAGGAAAAUCGAUGAGAUAUAAGAGUUAUAGUAUCGAUCCUAUAAGACGAAGUCGCCACUGAGAUGCGUGGCAUAUCCUUAGAGUAAGAGAUCACGGAG